CACGAGGGUCUGUGUCUGCUCAGGGCAGAGCUCUGCAGGGCCAGCGCCGGGGCGCCCCGGCCUCGCGUCCCGCCCCGGGGGCGGGGUGUGUCCCGAGAGUUUAGGGAGGAGGCGCCCGCCAAGGGGAGCACCCGGCCGCCCACGGAGCUGCCUCUGCGGCGCAGCCUGCCGCCGUGGCCUCCUCCGCACCCCGAAGCCGGGGCCCUGGCGCUCCCGCGGUCUGCACUACCUCCUGCCGCGCCGCCAGCCAUGAGGCCGUCGUUCUACCGCUGCCACAACGCCACCUCUGUGGAGAAGGGCAACUCCGCGACGAUGAGCGGGCUGCUCUUCAGCGCGGGCCUCCUGGGCAACCUGCUGGCCCUGGCGCUGCUGGUGCGCUCGGGGCUGGGGUCGUGCCCUCCGCGCCAGCCGCCCUCGGUCUUCUACGUGCUGGUGUGUGGCCUGACGGUCACCGACUUGGUGGGCAAGUCGCUGGUGAGCCCCUUCGUGCUAGCCGCCUACGCGCAGAACCGGAGCCUGUCGGGGCUGGUACCCGCGUCGGGCCGCUCGCUGUGCCAAGCCUUCGCCUUCUUCAUGUCUUUCUUCGGGCUCGCUUCGACGCUGCAGCUCCUGGCCAUGGCUCUGGAGUGCUGGCUGUCGUUGGGGCAUCCCUUCUUCUACCGACGGCACAUCACUGUGCGCCGGGGCGCGCUGGUGGCGCCCUUCGUGGGCGCCUUUUGCCUGGCUUUCUGCGCCUUGCCCUUCGCGGGCUUCGGGAAUUUCGUGCAGUACUGCCCCGGCACCUGGUGCUUCAUCCAAAUGACCCACAAGGAGCGCUCGCUGUCAGUGCUGGGCUUCUCAGUGCUCUACGCCAGCCUCAUGGCGCUACUGGUGCUCGCCAUCGUGCUGUGCAACCUGAGCGCCAUGCACAACCUCUACGCGAUGCACCGGCGGCUGCAGCGGCGCCCGCGCUUCGGCCCCAGAGAGCGCGCGGAGCCGGGCGCCGGCGAGAGGGAGGCCUCCCCGCAGCCCCUGGAGGAGCUGGAUCACCUCCUGCUGCUGGCCCUCAUGACCGGGCUCUUCACCAUGUGCUCCCUGCCUUUAAUCUACCGUGCUUACGAUGGAGCAUUUAAAGCUGUUCAUGAGAAAAACGGAGCCUCUGAAGAAACAAAAGACCUCCAAGCCUUGCGUUUUCUAUCUGUGAUCUCAAUUGUGGACCCUUGGAUUUUCAUCAUUUUCAGAACAUCAAUAUUUCGCAUGUUUUUUCACAAGAUUUUCAUAAGGCCUCUUAUGUAUAGAAAUUGGCACAACAAUUCCUGCCAAACUAACAUGGAAUCCAGUCUGUGACAGUGUUUUACACUCUGGUAAGCUGAAGAAUACGUCACAUUUCUGUCAAAGAGCCAUGAUUUUUUUUAAAAUGUUACAUUCAAAUUUUAAAAGUUAUCUCCCGUAACAAAACACUAAGUGUAUUUUCAAAAGUAUCUGAUAUAUCUUAACAAUGUGUUUCACUCUAUAUUCAUGAACCCGGUCAGUGGAUUAUUUUUAUUUCAAGUUACUAAUAGCAGCUAACAAUUUUAUAUAUUAUAAAUGAUGGUAAGAGCUUCAAAACAAUAUUAAUUGUUCCAUCAUUUGUACUCAUUACCCCUAAUUUUUUAGAGAUGUCUUGAGACAUCCUCCAGGUCUUUAUUCAAUCCAAUAGAAAUACCACUGUUUACAAUUAUCUGAUGGGUGUUCUUAAAAUUUCUAACCGUGUUCAUUUCCAGUGGAACUUGAUUUAUUUCUUAUUAUAAUAGCUCUGAAUUAUAGAUGCUCUGCAGAGAAGUGAAGUGGGAAAUAUAGCCAGGUCAGGGGUUUGGAGAAGCCCCAUGUGGAGAAGCAAAGCUAUAAAUAAGUAGAAUCAAGGUAAGAUAUGACUAUGACCCACAACUCAAAGAAAAAUUCCUAGUUUUUGAAGUCCAGGAGGAAUAUCAGUAGGAAUCAAAAUUUUGGAGUUGGUUACAAUAUAUUGUUUCAAUUUUUGGAACCUCCAUUUUAUAGAUUUAUCAUAUUGAUAGAUUCUUUGGGAGAGGGAUUUAUGUUUCUUUGAAAAACAGUGACAUAUGAUGUAGCAGAGAGCUGUGUUUACUCCAUUUGUCUGUGUGAAACAGCAGGGCAUUCAACAGAGAGAAACCCACCCAGGACUCAGUCAACCUCAAUUGAGGGUGGGGUAAACAACCUUAACAUAUACUUAUUAACCCCCAUAUUCUGGACUUUGUGGAUACAGUAAGAUCUUCGUGAGGCUCCUGAGAGCUGUGCUUUCAAAACUGGACUGGGAUGUGGCUCAGAUGGAGCACCAUUGAGCACUUUAACUGUACGUUUAAAUGUUUACAAAGGGUAGUGACACUGUGACCAAAAGGGGAAAGUGGGGGUAUUACCGGCUGCAGGUGUUAGUCCUAACAAGACACUCUAAACCCAGCUUGCAGGUAAGAAUAUUCACCUUUGGUAAAAGAACACAUGGGGGAUAUUAGAGGGUUUCAGCAUCUCUGGGGUCCCUUUGUACCCCAACACACUCAGACUCUGAGCUGGAGAGCUGGCUGCAUUUGAAUAGCCCUGAGACCCCCAUUCAACCAUCCCUUAUUUGCCUUAUUUCCAGCAUAGCAGUAACCCAUUUGUCACCCCUGGUUUAUCUCGGAGAUGUGUGAACCCGAAUAUGUAUGUGUAUUUUUUUUUUCUUUGUGUAGCAAAACUGUGAAAUGGCCAAAUUAGGAACACCUGACUUAUAAUUUGAGAGUAUGAUGUGACAAAAAAUACAGUUUUCAAGUUUAACUUUUGUUUAUGUGUUGAAGUACACAUGUUUUAUUGUCAAAAGAAGUACUCUUUUUUGUGCUCUCCUUUUGGAAGGUGUUCUGAUUAAAUGUCAAGAUAGUUUGAAAAGUUUCAAGAUGAAUCAAUAAACAUAAUUUUAUAAUGUU